CCACGGCAUGCCGGCAGUUCCUGUUUGCGCCCGCGCACGCUCUGUACUGUAUUUGUACCUGGUUGGUUGGAGAUGUUUGGAAUGAGCUUUCACGGGGGAUGAGGUGGUGAGAUUCUGCUGCCGGGCAUGGCGUCGGGGGACCUGGUGCCGGGGCACGCCAAGCAGGCCCAGGCCAAGGAGAAGAGGCAGCCGCGGUCUGCGGAGGCGGAGGGCGAGGCCGAGGGCGAGUUUGUUUUCGAGGCCCACGAGGCGUGGAAGGAGUUCCACAGCUCGCUGCGCCAGUUCUACGAAGCCGGGGAGCUCUGCGACGUCACGCUCAAGGUGGGCAGCAAGCUGAUACCGUGCCACAAGCUGGUCCUGGCCUGCGUGAUCCCCUACUUCAAGGCCAUGUUCCUGUCGGAGAUGGCCGAGGCCAAGAAGGAGCUGAUUGAGAUCAAGGACUUUGACGGGGACGCCAUCCAGGACCUGGUGAGGUUUGCCUACUCCUCCAGGCUGACCCUGACGGUGGACAACGUCCAGCCGGUGCUCUACGCUGCCUGUAUCCUGCAGGUGGAGCUGGUGGCCCGGGCCUGCUGCGAGUACAUGAAGGCCCACUUCCACCCGUCCAACUGCCUAGCGGUGCGCGCCUUUGCCGAGAGCCACAACCGGGUGGAUCUCAUGGACAUGGCGGACCGGUACGCCUCCGAGCACUUCCGGGAGGUGGUGGAGUGCGAGGACUUCCCCUGCGUGUCCCCCCAGCACCUCCGCACGCUGCUGUCCUCCAGCGACCUCAGCAUCGACUCCGAGGUCCAGGUCUACAACGCUGCUAUCAAGUGGCUCCGGGCCAAUCCCCAGCACCACGGCGCCUGGCUGGACGAGAUUCUCUCCCAGGUGCGUCUGCCCCUGCUCCCUGUAGAUUUCCUCAUGGGCUCCGUGGCCAAAGAGGAGAUGAUCAAAUGCAACCUGAAGUGCAGGGAUUUGCUGGACGAAGCCAGGAACUACCACCUGCAUCUCAGCAACAAGGUCGUGCCGGACUUCGAGUACUCCAUUCGCACCACCCCCAGGAAGUACACUGCAGGUGUCCUGUUUUGUGUCGGGGGCAGAGGAGGCUCUGGGGAUCCCUUCCGCAGCAUCGAGUGCUACUCCAUCAGCAGGAACAGCUGGUUCUUUGGGCCCGAGAUGAACAGUCGCCGCAGGCAUGUGGGCGUCAUCUCGGUAGGAGGUAAAGUUUAUGCAGUAGGAGGACAUGAUGGAAGCGAACAUUUAGGCAGCAUGGAAAUGUUUGACCCCCUCACGAACAAAUGGAUGAUGAGAGCUUCAAUGAACACAAAAAGGAGAGGCAUCGCCCUUGCGGCCCUGGGGGGGCCGAUCUACGCCAUCGGGGGCUUGGACGACAACUCGUGCUUUAACGACGUGGAGCGAUACGACAUCGAGUCAGACCGCUGGAGUGCUGUGGCCCCCAUGAUCACACCCAGGGGAGGGGUUGGCUCUGUGGCCCUAGGGAACUAUGUGUACGCAGUAGGAGGCAAUGACGGCGUGACCUCCCUGUCCAGCGUGGAGCGCUACGACCCGCACCUCGACAAGUGGACCGAGGUCAAGGAGAUGGGCCAGAGGCGGGCGGGCAACGGGGUCAGUGAGCUCAACGGCUGCCUCUACGUCGUGGGCGGCUUUGACGACAACUCCCCGCUGAGCUCCGUGGAGCGCUUCGACCCUCGCGCUCGCCGCUGGGAGUACGUGGCGGAGCUGACCACGCCCCGGGGAGGGGUGGGCGUGGCCUCGCUCAUGGGCAAAAUCUUCGCCGUCGGCGGCCACAAUGGAAACAUCUACCUGAAUACAGUGGAGGCUUUCGAUCCCGUGAUGAACAGGUGGGAGCUGGUGGGCUCGGUGUCCCACUGCCGCGCGGGGGCGGGCGUGGCCGUGUGCGCCGCGCUCGUCAGCCAGGUUCGAGACGUGGGCCAGGGUUCCAGCAGCGUGGCAGACUGCAUGUGAUCCCCAGCCUGGCGGCGGAGGGCUUGAGUGCGGGCAGUCACAGACGCUUCAUCGGCGCACCGGUCUGCUCUUGGAAUGGAUGGGUGGAAUGAUUAUGCCUAGUGGCCAUUUUGAGCCACGGUUUUGGACUGCGAGUUGCAUUGGAGUCCCUUGAGCAACCCCCUUUUCAUAACGUGCCAUUAGUUUUGUCUUUGUGUUUUCCUUUUUCUCAAGCUCACGCCUUUACUUGGUUGACUCACUUUUAAUCCGGGAUCUUUCUGCAUGCUUCUAAAAGGGUUUAUUCUUGAUGGUUUCUUUUAGGAGGGUGACGAAUUUCCAUCUUGUACUAUGUUUUUACUGAUCUCCCUCGCACAACAGGGUCAGGGUUACAAGAGUCAACUUUUCUAAAGUUCCACCAAUCACUCCAAGUCGGAUGAAGGAUGGUUAGUGAAUUGUUAGUUGAAAGUUAGUGAAGUGAUUCCAUUGCCAACUUAGUUUAAACUUCUCUGGGUGCGUGAUGGAGCUUCUCUGCAGUGGAAUAUUUAAGCAGUGAGCACAAAGGGUGAAUAUUUAAGCACAAAUUUGCACUGGUAUAACUUGCAUCUGAAUUGGAAAAGCUCAGAGCCCAUCUCGGAACUUGAUUUGACUGAAUGGAAACUGCCUCGGUCACUUUCUUUCCAAAAUGGUUGGCCUUGGCCUUAUUUUAACCGAACCAUCAGAUGCCUGAAAAGCAUAAUCAGUUUUAAGAGGGAAGAAUCAGAUUACAGAAUUGAAAUGAUGAACCUCAGUUUUACUGCUGAUGUGGUGAUUAGCUUGCAAAAAAUAAUCAGUGCUCAGAUAUCCAAUAAAUAAGUCAGGGAAAAAGAAAUGCAAGGCACAUGGUAAAUGUAUUUAGAGGAAAUUCCAUUUUCAAAAGAUGAUGAAUGGUAUUGUCCUGCAGCUGGAUAUUUAUAGUGGUCAAUACAGCAAUAUCCAUGUUUUGACGGUUUAAUUCCUCCAGGUUACUUUCUAUUUGAAGCUCACUUAUUUAUUUUUUUUCUUUUCAAGAGUAAAACAUUCCCAGUAAUUGCUCUUUUAAAGAAUGUACUGAGAGCCAAGGAUUUGUUUGCUAUGCAAAACAUGUCUGGGAGGCUGCAGGGAAAGAAAAUUUGCUGGGGGAAAUAUUUUAGAAAAUAUUGAAAAACUAACAUUGCACCCCAAAUAUGUUAAGUGCAGUGGAUGAUGAUAGUAUAUGAUACGUCUACAUUAUUUUCCUGGUCUAGACAUGGGGUUAAACGUUUUUAUGCCAUUAGUGCUGGAGAAAGGACAUCUUGAAUAUUUUUUUGACAUUUGUUCUUGUGUUUAUUAAUUUCCUGGCUAUGUGAUGUUUUGAACUUCUGAUUCCUCUUUGAGUUUGGGAGCUUUACCGAAUCACAGCAGGGUUUAAAUGAUCAUUUCCAGAAGGUAUAAGGAACAUUCUCUUUGGGGUCUAUUUUGCAUGGCUUCUUUGGUGUUCUCUGUGCCUGUUCAGACUUAUUGCACUAUUUCUAGCCGUCAGUGUACAAUAAUCCUAGUCCUUAGCAGGUCAGGCCCCUAUUCUCAGAACAGCAGAAACGUAUCUGAUUCGCUCUUUUUAAACAAAGUAUCGUGUUUCAGGAAUGGAUGUAGGGUUUUAAUUGAAGCGUACAAUAUCAUGUAAGAAAUAUCAUUCGUUUUUUUCUUCUCCUCCACUGUUGAGGGAAAUGUUAGCCUUUCUGUAUUGCACAGCAGCAGUAGUAUUUGUGAUGUUACAGCACGUUUUGAUAGACUCUUUCCAAGCAAAUGUUUGGUGAGGUGCAUACUCUGUUUCACUUAAUGGAACUGAAAGGAGAUUGAAAGGUUAAGAGACCGUUGUGAAAUAUCCCAUAAUAUUGAGGAUGCAUGGUAUUAUGGCGAUAAAGGGGAAAGUGGUAUCUGACAAUUUAGAGACCAUUGUUAUCAUGGCAUCUUCAGGUCUCUUCUGCACUGCAAAUUUUCUGCAUUUUCAGUGUGGUGAAUUGCACAGUUUUAGUUUCAGCUGAAUUAAAAAAAUCAAUGAUCAUCAGCUGCAACAGGCUGUUUUUAUGUCAUGGUUAUUUCCCAAGUCACAUGGUCUAGAACCUUCUACUUGCCACGCCCAUUUUUGACUGGCCUUUUGAGAUUAAUCACUGGGGGAAAAAAUACUUGACCAGUGUGCGUGUGUUAAGCACUAAAGGAUUAACUUGCUUCCUUGAGAUAAAUGAUCAUUUCAUAUGUUCGGGUGGAGAUCCGAUGGCAUUCAUCGGGAUGAUUCCACCAGGCCAGACUGAGGAAAAUGGGCACCUGAUUUGCAUUAACAUUAACACCUCCCAGAAACCUCAGCCUGAGCCCAGCCUUCAGUGGUAUUCCAUAUCAGUAAUUCAUCAAUAAACUGUAAAAAAAA